UUAAAAUUAGUACUUUUUAUUCAAAUAGUGUCGCUAAUGACACAAAUGAUAAGUUCCUACCUAAUACAUGAGGUUUCCCUCAAUCAAAGUGCUAGUGAAAUAACAAAACUAGAAGAUCUUCUACUUAAAGUCAAAAAGUCGGUAACCUUGAAGGAAAAAAAGAAUCUUUGGAACGAAGCGAUUGUUUAUUACCAAAUAGAUGAAAUUUUUAAUGGAACGGAACGUAGAUUAAUAAAACAAGGUAUGCGGAUGUGGGAAGAGUCAAGUUGCAUUCAAUUUGUCCAAAGAAAUUCGAGUAUCCAUCGAGAUUAUGUCGCCAUCACUAAAUCGGAAUGCGGGUGUUGUUACAAGGAGAAUUACCAAGGUCGCAGAAAUAAAGGUCGCAGUGAAUUGAGCUUAGCUGAUGGAUGUGAAGCAAUAGAGAUUAUUCUUCAUGAAUUGGGGCACGUUUUGGGCUUUUACCAUGAGCACCAACAUCCAGACCGCGACCAGUGGGUUCAAAUCAACGAGAGGAAUAUUGAUCAAGGUUAUGAAUCAGAAUUUUGGCGGCUCUCACGAGUGCAUGUCGAUACUUUAGGACUGCCCUACGAUUACCAAUCUGUGAUGCAUUAUCCAAACGAUGCUUAUGCAUAUUACAGUUUUUGGGCUACAAUAGUCCCGAAGCAAGCUAUUAACGGCACAGUACCAAACAUUGGCAACCAAAAAAAUCUAAGCCAGGGUGACGUUAAGGCUACUAAUCUUCUAUAUAAAUGUCCGACUUGCGGAGGUGUUUUUUAUGGCGUAGUUGGAUUCAUAGAGACUCCUGUCAGCUCCAAUGAUUCUGACUCAAAUCUAGAAUACUGUCAGUGGCGAAUUGUUGCUUCUAAAGGGGAACGAAUAAUACUCGACGUUUCGACAACAAACAUUUUCGUGAGUCAUAAUUGUGCAAGCGAUUUUUUGGAAAUACGAAAUGGUCAUUCAGAUAAAAGUCCACUGUUAGGUCGAUACUGUGGAACAAAUAAAGAAGGAACACUCUACCUCGUUGGUGGUGAUAACAUGCUAGUGACUUAUCUGAAAACGACAAAAAUUAACGGGAAUAAUGGGUUCAGUGUGUUUUUUAGAAAAAAAUGCGGUACAAGUCCAACAUUGGUGAAUGUCAACAAUCCCGUCGCCUUGGAGUCACCAAAUUAUCCAUUUAAUUACAGGGCUUACGAUAAUUGCGAGUGGACAUACGAAGCGCCUGAAAAUCAUACGAUCGAUCAAUAACAAAAUUUUUGGAAAUGUGAUAAU